AUGUUUUUUUUGUGGUUGUCGACGUCCUGUCAAGUUCAGACUCGAGCAAAGUUUAGUGUAAAGAAUUGGAUAAUGAGGAAGAGUGGAAACAAGGAAGAAAAAAAGUAUCGAGACAACUGA